AUGGUUACUUAUUAUAUGUGGCUCUUCUCCCCUUACUUGGCGACUGCUCUUGAGAGAUCAGUGGUGUUCAACGGAAGUUUUGGAAGAUCUGUUGAAAUACCGAACGUCUCUAAUUUCUUUUCUUGGACAAAUUAUACCCUUGCCGACUGGCAGAGUUUUUUGGACGGGAGAAAGUACGGGGCUGGAUCCCAAAAUAUUUUGGUGAAGAUCUUUCUCAUUGUGGCAUACUCCUUUAUCAUCGUAUUCUCUCUGUUUGGCAACGUCUUGGUCUGUCAUGUCGUGAUCAAAAACAAACGGAUGCACUUCGCAACCAGCCUUUUCAUUGCGAACCUCGCCGUAGCAGACCUCAUGAUCACUUUUCUCAAUACUCCGUUUACUUUGGCUCGCUUCGUAAACAGUACGUGGAUAUUUGGGAAGGGGAUGUGCCACGUCAGCCGCUUCGCACAGUACUGCUCCCUCCACGUGUCGGCCUUCACCCUGACAGCCAUUGCGGUCGACAGGCACCAGGUGGUCAUGCAUCCCCUUAAACCUCGGGUCUCCACCACCAAAGGUCUCAUUUCUAUUGGCAUCAUAUGGAUCACGGCCGCCUGCUUCUCCCUCCCACAUGCCAUCCAUCAGAAGUUGUUCACGUUUGAAUACAGUGAGGAAGUCACCCGAUCCUUGUGCCUCCCGGAUUUCCCUGAACCGGCUGACCUCUUCUGGAAGUACCUGGACCUGGCGACGUUCAUUCUGCUCUACAUCCUGCCCCUCGUCAUUAUCUUGGUCACGUACAUGAGCGUUGCCAAGAGAGUCUGGCUCCGCAACGCCGUUGGGGACAUGACCGUCGAGCAAUACUUCACCCUCCAGCGGAAGAAGAAGACGACCAUUAAGAUGCUGAUACUGGUGGUGGUCAUUUUUGCGGUCUGCUGGUUCCCCUUGAACUGCUACGUCGUCCUCCUCUCCAGCCAAGUCAUCGGCAGCAACAACGCGCUCUAUUUUGCUUUCCACUGGCUUGCCAUGAGCAGCACCUGCUGCAACCCUUUCAUUUACUGCUGGCUCAAUGAGAAUUUCAGGACAGAGCUGAAGAAUUGCCUCAGUCUGUGCCGGAAGGUCCGGGGCCCAGGGCCGCCUCCUUCGACUGCCCUGUCCUACAGAACAGCCUGGCGAGACAAUAGCAACUCCAAGGGGUCACAGGACUCCCACGGCCUAUCGGCACCCCAGUUCCAGUCAGGGAAAACUGACCUGACGUCUGUUGAGCCUAUAGUCGCUAUGAGUUGA